AUGCCAGUCCAGCAGGUCCCCUGGCGGUCCGUGUAUUUGGCGAUCGGGUUGACUGUGGCGGGCCUGGCCAUGUUCAUCGCGGGCAUGGUGCUGUGGCAGACAGAGGGCACGCACGCGCUGAUCGGCCUGUGGGUGCUGGGCCUGCUCGUGUUCAUCCCCGGCUUCUACUUCACGCACAUCGCAUACAUGGUGUGGAAGGGGCGCCGCGGCUACUCCUGGGACGACAUCCCAGACCUGCCGCACCUGCAGGCCGACUCCUGA